CGGCCCCUCUACAACAGUGUCAGUGAUCAUUUGGUUUGUAGAAGACUAAAAAAGAGUUAGACAAGGUUAGAACCACCAGAUACCUUAACUGGAACACAGGUUUGGAAAUUGUGGAAUGAAGAUAACAUUUUGGCAUUGGUAGAUAAGGUGGUUUGUGAUCCAUGCCACCGUACAGAGAUUCUAAGAUGCAUACAUGUGGGAUUGUUGUGUCUGCAAGAAAUGGCCAAAGAUAGACCAACAAUGUCCACCUGCCACUUCAUUGCUUAACAGUGAGAUCGUGGAUCUCCCUUCUCCAAAACAACCUGCUUUCAUUCUAAAACAUAUUGCAGCAGAUGCAGAGUCCCCUUCUCAGCAUGGGUAACAGAGAUGCUCUGUAAACAAUGUGAUUGUUACAAUUGUUCAAGGCCGAUAAGAUGCAAGUUUAGGUUCUGUAAAUUGUUAUAUAUUGUUUUUUUUUUUUUUUCUGUAAAUUAAAUUCCAAAUAAUCAA